GAGAGAGAGAGAGAGAGGAACAGGAGGAGAAGAGGAAAGAGGAAGAAGAAGAAGAUUUUCUCCUCCGCAUGCACCCUUUUUCUCCCAAUCUUUGUCUAAUUCCUUUCCUUCCUCUCUAUAUCUUAGUGCAAGUCCCGUGAGCUGUGCUGUCCAAAGCUACUACAGUUCCCACACUCGGCGCCGGCAGUGGCAGAGAUGAGCGAGCGAGAGACCCGCGACUUCAUGAGCGUCGACUCCUUCUCCCAGCUCCCAUUCAUCCGUCCGGCGCCCAGCCGUGAGAAGCCCUCCCCCGCCUCCACCUUCCGCCUCUUCGGCAUCGAAGUCCCCCACGAGCCCGACACCCAGGAAGAUCCCUCCAAAGACCCCUACACCACCGCCAACUACCCCAACAGCAGCAGCAAUGGCAAUGGAGGCAGUGGCGAGAGCGAUCGCAAGUUCGAGUGCCACUACUGCUGCCGCCACUUCCCGACGUCACAAGCCCUCGGCGGCCACCAGAAUGCUCACAAGCGUGAGCGACAGCAUGCCAAGCGAGCCCAAUUCCAGUCAGCUAUGUCCGCCAAACACCAAUCCGCCGCCGACGGCCACCCCAUGUACACCUUCUUCAACCACCACCGCCUCGGCUCGCUGCCGGCCGCCGGUCGCUUUGGCUUCCAGCCCCCUGCCACUCACCAAUACCCUUCAUGGAGCAGUCCGAGCACCGCCGGUGGCAGCGUCGGCAGCCAGUUCUAUGGCGAGCUUGGAUCGGUGAGCCAGCCUAUCAAUGGAAGCCCCUUGCCGGGCCUCUGGAGGGUUCCCACAGCGGUGCAUGGCGAUACGAGCGUGGGACUAGUCCAUCGGGACCGAACGACGCCGCUGCCCUUGCUCGGAGGGGAUGAGUCCGGAGUGAAGGGUGUUGGUUUGAGUACUAGUGUUGGUUCUUUUUCUUUCCCUCCUUCUACAUCUCCACAGAGCUACCAAUCUGGAGUGAAAGAGAAUGUGAGUUUGGAUCUGCACCUGUGAUUCAUAGUGAAUUACCGAGAAUUUUUAAUUAGAUUUUGUUGUCUUUAUUUGCUUUAA